GUACCAGCUGGUACCAUCGUCUCCUCUCCUCGUCCUCUCUACGGACUUCAUUUGUUGUGUCGUCUUGAAAACCAGGACAUGGAACUAUAUAAUUAUAAAGGAAAACAGCAAACUGCAAAUAUCCUCCUGGGUUGUCUGGUGUUGUUUUUACUUUCUAUACUUUGUCCAGCUGAGAAACUCUGUACAGUUUCUCCUGACCCUGUGUCUAUAAAAGAGAACAGCACUGUGGACAUUCUAGUAGCCAGGAUCAACUGUAGUGAUGAUGUUCAGCUGACCAUCACGGAGAACCCUGCGGAGGCUUUCUACCUGCGGGGGACGGACCUCAUCGCCAAGAGAGGACUGGACUUUGAGUCCCUGCCCAGUGUGGAUGAUGCUCUGUGGGUCCGGGUACGCUGCAACAGAACUGGCUCCAGAUCAGUGAACGUGUCUGUUGAAGUUUUCAUUGAAAAUGUGAACGAUAAUCCUCCAAACUUCGCUCAGAGUCAUUACGUUCUCCAAGUGAACGAGCUGACUCCUGUGAACACCAGUGUUGGUCGGAUAGAGGCCACAGACAUUGAUUCUGAGCCACUGUACUAUCGUUUAGAGUCAGCCACGAACAGGUAUCUACGACUGGAGAAUGCCAACACCCCCAACAUACUGGUGCAAAACAUAAUUGACUACGACUCCGUCCAAAAGAUCUCCCUUGUCUUACAUGUACAGGACACGUAUAACGUUUCUGAGUCUGGCGAGCCUUCGUUCACUGCUGUGGUGACCAUCACGGUUAACGUGAAGGACAUUGACAACCGUCCACCGUGGUUCCAGCCCUGUGUCAGAACCAACCUGGGGAUAGCCAAACUGUGUGUCAGCUCCGGCUACAGGGCAAAGGUCAACCUCACAGAGAAAGAGGAUGGUGCUUUAUCUCUGGAGCCUGGUCCGUUAUACGCCAAGGAUGGAGACAGAAACAGGAGUGAGCUGAUCAGCUACAGGAUACUUAGAGGGAAUGAAGGCAGCAUCUUCCAGAUCGAUGAGGAGACGGGGAACAUCUCCAUGGCCAAAGCCGCAGACAUAGCAGGCCCAAUAACCCUCACUGUCCUGGCCUCCCAGGUCACCAACAGGGACCAGUUUGCGGUGACUCAGGUCACCAUCGAGGUGCUGAAGAAGAGCAGGAACCCUCCGCGGUUUGAGAAGGAGCGUUAUGAAGGAUACAUCUACAGUAACUCAGUCCCAGAGACCAUGAUCCUACGAGACAGAACCUCCAACAGACCCUUCAGGGUCAGGGCCAGAGACGAGGACUUUGCCACCGGUGUAAACCCAGACAUGAGAUACGAGGUGCAGUACAGCAGUUAUGUCAACGUGACAACCGAAGGGUUUGUGCUUCUGAAGAGGAUAGUGAAGACAGAGUCCUUCGCUCUGCAGAUUCGUGCUAUGGACCUGUCUACAGGGGAGUUUGGUACAGCGGCCCUCUCUGUCCUGGUUAUACCAGCCGUGGCGGUUCCCUUGCCUUCUGGGGCAGGGUACCGGGCGGGGGACAUGGCUCUGCUAGGAUUGGUCAUGGCAGCCAUCUUGGUUCUCUGCUUCAUCGUGAUUGGCUUCCUGAUCUCCCGCCUGAAGAAAGGAGGCACCAACCUGGACAACAUAACUGAGUGUUUGGCUCCAUGUCUGAAGAUGGCGAGACCCCAUGGGAGACCCAAGGACACCCUGCAGUACACCAACGAUGGCUACCAGGGUACCGAGGGUGAUGCCCUGCGCGGCGGACCCAGACGUCCAGAGCCGGUAGACAAGAGAGGCCGAGGUGCUACUGUCCCUGGGGACAGAGGCAGGGCCAUCCCCCUGGAGCGACGCCGGAGCGACCGCCACUGUGGCUUCUGCGGCCUGUACGCCAACCACAACCACCAUGCCAAGCCCAGCCCGGCCAGCAGCCCUGCUAGGGGAGGGGGGAGAGGAGGAGGAGACAAGGACGGGAUGAGAUCCAUCCUCGCCAAGGGGGGAAGGAAGGAAGGAGGGAAGUCAGUGUGGUUUAAGGAGAACGAGGAUGCUUCUGGGAUCGAAGUGGAGAUCAUCCCGGAUACUCUGUGUCAGGAGGAGGAGACUGAGGAGGAGGUGUUGGACAUGGAAGAGAUGGAGGGGGGAGACAGGAGCAUGGCUAGCCAGACAGAGAUCGAUGGUGGGCAUGGGGACCAGGAGAGCCAUGGAGAGUCUGACUCAGCUGCUAAAGAGGAAAAAGAGAAGGAGGGUUGAGAGGAGACGAUAUCUGGGUUAUAUUAAAUAGGGAGAGGUUAUCUGGGUUAUAUUCUAUAGGCAGGAGGAUAUCUGGGUUAUAUUCUAUAGGGAGAGUAUAUCUGGGUUAUAGUCUAUAGGCAGGAGGAUAUCUGGGUUAUAGUCUAUAGGGAGAGGAUAUCUGGGUUAUAGUCUAUAGGGAGAGGGUAUCUGGGUUAUAGUCUAUAGGGAGAGGAUAUCUGGGUUAUAUUAAAUAGGGAGAGGAUAUCUGGGUUAUAGUCUAUAGGGAGAGGUUAUCUGGGUUAUAUUAAAUAGGGAGAGAAUAUCUGGGUUAUAUUAAAUAGGGAGAGGAUAUCUGGGUUAUAUUCUAUAGGCAGGAGGAUAUCUGGGUUAUAUUAAAUAGGGAGAGGAUAUCUGGGUUAUAUUCUAUAGGGAGAGGAUAUCUGGGUUAUAUUCUAUAGGCAGGAGGAUAUCUGGGUUAAAUUACAGAGGCAGGAGGAUAUCUGGGUUAUAUUCUAUAGGGAGAGGUUAUCUGGGUUACAUUCUAUAGGCAGGAGGAUAUCUGGGUUAUAGUCUAUAGGGAGAGGAUAUCUGGGUUAUAUUCUAUAGGGAGAGGGUAUCUGGGUUAUAUUCUAUAGGGAGAGGAUAUCUGGGUUAUAUUCUAUAGGGAGAGGAUAUCUGGGUUAUAUUCUAUAGGGAGAGGAUAUCUGGGUUAUAGUCUAUAGGGAGAGGAUAUCUGGGUUAUAUUCUAUAGGGAGAGGAUAUCUGGGUUAUAGUCUAUAGGGAGAGGAUAUCUGGGUUAUAUUAUAUAGGGAGAGGAUAUCUGGGUUAUAUUCUAUAGGGAGAGGAUAUCUGGGUUAUAGUCUAUAGGGAAAGGAUAUCUGGGUUAUAGUCUAUAGGCAGGAGGAUAUCUGGGUUAUAGUCUAUAGGGAGAGGAUAUCUGGGUUAUAGUCUAUAGGCAGGAGGAUAUCUGGGUUAUAUUCUAUAGGGAGAGGAUAUCUGGGUUAUAUUAAAUAGGGAGAGGAUAUGUGUUAAAAGGUACAAAACAGAAGAAAACAGUAAAACAGGUUUCCAUCAUCAUGGGAAAACCUGAUUCCAGAGUGGGAUUCUGGAAUAUGGACAUGAGUUCACACAGAUUGGAGGGAAUGACCCUUUUUGGAUAAGUGUGUCUACAUUAUGUGGCUUCCAUCACACUAUGGUGAGUUAUUCAAUAUAUAAAGACAAUUUCCAUGAAGAAACACAAGAAGGGGAUCAAGUUGGACACAAUACUUUUUAACUUGGUAUCUUUUAAUGAUCGUUCUGAGAGCGAAUCCAUCAAGUCCUUGGGAAAGAUUUGAGUAUUACUAAUGAGGAAAAAAAUACUUUGAAAAUGUGGACAUUUUUUACCACUGAAAAAAAAGUUUGUAAGGAGAACACGUCUACUGAAUACUAAACAAACUGAGGACAUAUUGUAUUGCAUUUUUAUUUAUGUCGGAAGAAAAAAAGUAUGAAAUGUAAUAACCUUAUUACAGUAUGUAAAGUAUGUGGAUACAAAUUCUGACAUGUUAUACUAUUUAUGAGUUAAGCAGGCUUGUGGUCAAUUCAGGAAGUACACAGACAUUGCAAUACUCUUCGAUGCCUUUUAAAAGGGGAACAUUUCUAAUUAGAAUUUGGUUUACUCUAUGAAUUGACUGGACCCCAACCCUGGUUAUUACAGAGAUUUGAUGAAAUAAUAAAGUUUGAUUGAAGUGACUGAUGUGGGAAAAUGUACAAGGUUAAAUUUUGAAAUGUGGUUGUGCUUGAGCAGUUUUUCCCUCUUGUUAUGUCAUUCACAGGCAGAUCUUAUAGAGCUGUUUAUAACCUGUCUGAAAUGUCCAGUUGAUCAACUACUGGUCAUGUUAGCGAGAUGGGUAAGUUAGCCUAUCUAAAAUAUUGAAGUCAUCCAGAUCACAUGACCAGAGGCCUCAACCCCAGUGCCCUCCCCCCCAUUGAUUUUGAGUCACUCAG